AAAAAUUUCCUCCGAUUUCAAAAUUUUUUUCCGGUGAAAUCGAAAGACCAAAAAAAAAAAAAAAAAGAAUCUGAGAUCUUUCUUCUUCAUCUCUAAUGGCGACAACGUUAAGCAGAGAUCAAUACGUAUACAUGGCGAAGCUUGCCGAACAAGCCGAGCGUUACGAAGAGAUGGUUCAGUUCAUGGAACAGCUCGUAAGUGGAGCGACACCAGCCGGUGAACUAACCGUUGAAGAGAGGAACCUUCUCUCUGUUGCUUACAAGAACGUGAUUGGAUCUCUCCGUGCCGCAUGGAGAAUUGUGUCUUCGAUCGAGCAGAAGGAAGAGAGUAGGAAGAACGAAGAACACGUGUCGCUCGUUAAGGAUUACAGAUCUAAGGUUGAGACUGAGCUUUCUACGAUCUGUUCAGGAAUCCUUAGGUUGCUUGAUUCGCAUCUUGUUCCUUCUGCUACUACUAGUGAGUCUAAGGUCUUUUACCUCAAGAUGAAAGGUGAUUACCAUCGUUAUCUCGCUGAGUUCAAAUCUGGUGAUGAGAGGAAGACUGCUGCUGAAGAUACUAUGAUCGCUUACAAAGCUGCUCAGGAUGUUGCAAUUGCUGAUCUAGCACCUACACAUCCGAUCAGGCUGGGUCUGGCUCUGAAUUUCUCAGUGUUUUACUACGAGAUUCUCAACUCUUCUGAGAAAGCUUGUAGCAUGGCCAAACAGGCUUUUGAAGAAGCCAUUGCUGAGCUGGACACAUUGGGAGAGGAGUCAUACAAAGACAGUACUCUCAUCAUGCAGUUGCUUAGGGACAAUCUAACCCUUUGGACCUCCGAUAUGCAGGAGCAGAUGGAUGAGGCCUGAAGGGCCUAAUGGAAGAAAAGACGGUUAUGUAAUGUUCCUGCAACCAUAACCGAAAAAUCGAGUUCAAACCCUAAAACCCCCCUUUUCUGUAAAACUUGUCGAAAAAAAAAAGUUUGUUUCUUUUAUGACAGUUUAUGUGCACAGCUUUGGUGUUAUCUGCUGCUCUGUUCCAACUCUGUUUCUUUUCUUUCUUUUUUUUCUAAUUUAUCCUCCCUCAUCUUUGCUUCUUUUUCUCAAAAUUUAUAUAUUUCAGACGAAUAACACUAUAACACUGUCCCAAAUCUUAGCUUGGAUUGUGAGUUCCUCCAGAUUGAUGAAA